GGCGUGACUAAAAGGAUGGUAGGCGGGCCCUUGGUUGAAGAGUCUUGAUUGGGGCUGAGUGGGGAAACAGAGCUCAGGGUGAACGUGGGAGGAGCUUAGAGUAGAAGGGGUGGGGUUUGUCUGGAGGUGUGGCUUAGAGAAAGUGGUGGGCAUAAUGAGGGAGUCGGUUAGGCGUGUAAUUUGGGAAGUUUUGGUGUAAAUAUCAAGUCUUUACAAUGCAGGUGAAAUGUCUUAGAUGAAAUGGGGCGGGACUCAGAGGGGCUGAGACAGUGAGAGGAGUUGAAUGGAGGGGGUCUUGGCAAGGACGGGGCUUAGAGGCUGGGCUUAAAGGAAAAGUUGAGUGGAGUUUUGGGGGCAGAUCUUAGUGAGGAGAUGGUAGGACUUAAAGAGGAAUCUCGGAGGAACUUAGUGGAUAGCAGUAAUCUAAACAGUGUACCUGUUGAGUCCUUGCUGUGCACCCGCCUAUGUAAGCACUCAGCACACAUUGCCACAUUUUGCUUAGUCCUCACCACCACUCCCUGAGUAGGUAUUCCCAUUAUCCCUAUUUUGCAGACAGAAAGGUUCAGUUGGUUUUACCCGAGGUUCCAGGACUAGUUCUGGUCGCCCUGGAAGGUUGACUCAAGUGUGCUUAGCCCCAGAUCUUUGUCCUCUCAUUCGCUAAGCAUGUGAAUCUUCUUCUGACGGUGGCUUUCGUCUUCAAAGAAGAAGAGAGCCCCCACCCGCCACUGCCCUCGCGCCACGCCACCAUGGAUGACGCCCCGCUGCCAGCGCCCCCGGUCCCCGCCCCGACCCCGGCCCCGGCCCCAGCACCGCCCGCUGCCGCCCCCCGCGUGCCGUUUCACUGCAGCGAGUGCGGCAAGAGCUUCCGCUACCGCUCGGACCUGCGGCGCCACUUCGCCCGGCACACUGCGCUCAAACCCCACGCGUGUCCGCGCUGCGGCAAGGGCUUCAAGCACAGCUUCAACCUGGCCAACCACCUGCGCUCGCACACCGGCGAGCGGCCCUACCGCUGCUCCGCCUGCCCCAAGGGGUUCCGCGACUCCACCGGCCUGCUGCACCACCAGGUCGUCCACACUGGUGAGAAGCCCUACUGCUGCCUGGUCUGCGAGCUCCGCUUCUCCUCACGCUCCAGCCUGGGCCGCCACCUCAAGCGCCAGCACCGUGGGGUGCUCCCGUCCCCGCUGCAGCCCGGCCCAGGGCUGCCGGCCCUGAGCGCACCCUGCUCGGUCUGCUGCAACGUGGGGCCCUGCUCGGUGUGCGGGGGCUCGGGGGCCGGCGGCGGAGAGGGCCCGGAGGGGGCAGGCGGGGGCCCGGGCAGCUGGGGGCUGGCGGAGGCGGCAGCCGCAGCGGCAGCCUCACUGCCCCCGUUCGCGUGCGGCGCCUGCGCCAGGCGCUUCGACCACGGCCGCGAGCUGGCGGCCCAUUGGGCCGCGCACACCGACGUGAAGCCCUUCAAGUGCCCGCGCUGCGAGCGCGACUUCAACGCCCCUGCGCUGCUGGAGCGGCACAAGCUGACACACGACCUGCAGGGGCCCGGCGCGCCCCCCGCGCAGGCCUGGGCCUCGGGGGCCGGCGCCGCCCCAGAGACGGCCGGCGAGGGUGGCGCUGCGGAGGCGGGCGGGGCCCAGCCGGCCUGGGACGGCGGGCUGCUCCUGGGCCGCGCAGGGGGCGGCGUGCCCGAGCUGGGGGCGCUGCUCCCCGAGGGCGGCGGGGAGGCCCCUGCGCCCGCGGCCGCGGCCGAGCCGUCGGAAGACACGCUGUACCAGUGCGACUGCGGGACCUUCUUCGCGUCGGCCGCGGCGCUGGCCAGCCACCUGGAGGCGCACUCGGGCCCGGCCACCUACGGCUGCGGCCACUGCGGGGCGCUGUACGCGGCGCUGGCGGCCCUGGAGGAGCACCGGCGCGCCAGCCACGGCGAGGGCGGCGGGGCGGAGGCGGCCGCGGCGGCCCCCGAGGGGGAACCGGCGUCCGGGGAGCCCGCGUCCGGCUCGGGCCGCGGCAAGAAGAUCUUCGGCUGCUCCGAGUGCGAGAAGCUGUUCCGCUCGCCGCGCGACCUGGAGCGGCACGUGCUGGUGCACACGGGCGAGAAGCCGUUCCCGUGCCUCGAGUGCGGCAAGUUCUUCCGCCACGAGUGCUACCUCAAGCGCCACCGGCUGCUGCACGGCAGCGAGCGGCCCUUCCCCUGCCACAUCUGCGGCAAGGGCUUCAUCACGCUCAGCAACCUCUCUCGGCACCUGAAGCUGCACCGGGGCAUGGACUGACGGCGCCGGCCGCGCCUCCACCCAGACAGCCCUCCCCCGGGGCUGGACGCACGGCCCGCGCCGGGGGACCUCCCGAAUCCAGACUCGGGCCCCGACGUGAGGGGACUCUGGCUGGAGAGAUGGGGCCACCAAACACCCACACAGGCCCCUGAGCUGGGGGACAGUGAAUAAACAGAGACAUUCCUCAGCUCGGGGUCCCAGAUCUACGGAGAGACUCCUGACCUUGAGGCCCCGGGAAUACCUGCUGUGCACCCCCAAAUCAACAGGCCCCUAAGCUCUGGGGACCUAGGAACGAGAAAUGGGUCUCCACAAGUGCUUCUCAUCUUGAGGGCCCUAAUAAUUAUAGAUGGGCACCCCUCCCGCAAGAGAGGACUGCCCUUCUCCCUGAGAGCCAUCAUUCCCAACGACCUUGAUCUGGAGAAUGUGGGGGACCAGGUCCCCGAGUUUCCCUGGAUCCCUUCCAAAUGCUACCCACCAGAGUCACUGGUGCCCCCCCAAAAUGCAUAUAGCCAGCCGGAAUCUGCCUCUCCCCGCCCCCAGUUCAUUCCCUAUGCGGAAAGAGGACCAGGGUAGAUGCCCCCUGCCCUCAACCCUCCUCCCCAAUUAGGUCUCCCUCCCUACUGCGGAAUGGAUCAACCCUAGUGAUCUUCCCCACCUUCAAACACUAGAAUAGGCUGGUUCUAAAUCCCCCCGCCCGGUAGGAUGGAUUGAUUCAGAUACACACACCCCUGUCCACUGGAAUGGCUGGGCCAGGUUACGGCCUGUGCCCCAUUCUCCUUAGAGUGAGUAGGGCAGACACUCCUCCCCUUCUUCUAGAGUGUGGACCAGUCCACGUCUUUCCCCAUCCUGUGAACUCAUCUGAGUGGGAGGUCGUGGACACUGGGGUUUCUCGCCCGCUCUGCUGUAGCCCCUGUUGGUCUUUCUCUCCAUCUCUGUCGGUUUGUCUGUCUCUGUGUUCCUCAAAACCCCAAAUGGAAGGGGGUUUUGGCUAAAGGGUUCCCCCCGUGAGCCUCAACCUCACCCCUCGUCCCACUCCUCAAUGUCUCCAGGACUCCAAUAAACGUCAUCCUGUCAGUCACUGCCGUCUCAUUUUCUGACCCUUGGCUCCAGAGAGGUGGGCAUUUCUCCCUCCCUGACUUAGGACAGGCCCCCUAAAUAGAGACAGAUCCUU